CUCUGGGCAGGCACUGUUUGGUCUUACCAUCUUACCAGAAAUCUGGAACCGAAGAGCAUUCGGGAGAGUCCGAACUCGCCGGGGCUCUAGGAGCACAGCAAUGCCGUCCGAGAUAUUGUUGGAAGCUACACCCAGUCUUGUGCCGCCUAACCAUCUGUAUUCUUAUGGCAUAUGCCCCUGGAUGAGCUGAGCACAACCGGACCGACUAUUGUGUGCACAAGGGAAGCUUACUGCUUGCAUCCUGCCGGGUGUUCCGGAGAACGUCGAAAUACUAAAUCUCGGCUGCCCUGAACAAACCACACCCAGCUUUGAUCCCGUACUUUUGUACAAUUGCACUUUAAAAGCAAAGUCAAGAAAUCUACGAGCAAGGAAAGGCCUAGUGAUAAUUCAAAAAGCGAUCCGCCCCUGAGCAAGAAAAAGAGCCCAACCCGACAUGCUCGCGCAGAACCAGCCUCGGACACACCACCCCCAUCUGGCUCUGUCCAGGAGGGAACAACCCCAGAAGCAGGUCCCGCAGGAAAACUGUGUUUACAUGGCGAUUGCCUUGAUAGGCGGUGUGAUCCUGAUCACGAAACCCGCCCUGGUUGUCCUUGCCCUCCUCCUCGUCGGCUACGGUCGAUUGUACCACUUCGAGCAGCCGCACGAACAGUCUCGGCGGCCAUUGUGGUCUCGGGAGCAUCAUAAUCGCUCGGAACACUCUCUGCUGCACUUUGGACCGAGCCCAGAGAGGCACGACGAGCAAAGGACCCGAGCAAGUUUGCAUGACUUGGCCAAAGGGUUGAACCUCCCGAAAGUGAGGAUCGAAGGGGACGGGAAAGUCCAUCUUCAUUGAGACACGCCCAGCAUGCUAACCGACAAUGCGAGGUAUGCCGGCCGGUGUCUGCUCAGCUCUAAAUGAACUAGACAUGCGACUUGUUUCGGCGAGCAGAUUUCUAUGCGAUUGGCGGCCCAAGAUACGUGCUCACCAUGGCAGAGCAUGGCCAAUCACCGGCAAUCAAAACCUGCUCACCGGUGAAGAGCACCAUGCCUCUUGCAUUGGGAAAUGGUACCUGUUCUCGUGCGGAUGUCUCUCUUAAGACCACCGGGACAGAUGCUCGACUGGUUCUCAACCCAAUUCUCUUGAGAGUUUGCAUUGAUAUUUUACAUCCGGAGCAAAAAGUUACUUCAGACGGCGUGCAAAUGUCUUCAAUGUCCAUGUCAAUGCCUACCUCGACCUUGAUCGCCAUGUCCAUGACCUCUACCAUGUCGAUGGCUACGGCAUCCGCUUCCCCGUCCAGCGGAAUGAGCAUGGGAGGCAGCUCUUGCAAGAUCUCCAUGACCUGGAACUGGUACACCGUCGGAGCCUGCUUCAUCUCCAAAUCAUGGCAGGUCACCUCAGGUGGCAUCUUCGCGCUCUCCUGCAUCGGCGUCAUUUUGCUCGUCAUCUCGCUCGAAUUCCUUCGCCGGGUCCAGCGCGAGUACGACGGCUGGAUCCGCCGCACAGAUCAGAAGACGUCGGCCAUAGCCACCGCGACUCGACACUCCGAGAACGGGGCUUCUGCCUCGUACGAGCAGGUUCCGGAUUCUUCGAGGAAAACAACGACGAUGACCGGUGCAUCACUCCCGGAACGACCUCUUCUUCGGCGCCGACCAGUUGACCGGAUGACCCUCCUCCAGCGCCAGUUCGUGCGUUCUCUUAUCCACAUGGUGCAGUUCGGUGUGGCAUACUUUGUCAUGCUGCUGGCCAUGUACUACAACGGAUACAUCAUCAUCUGCAUCAUCAUCGGUGCCUUCCUCGGCUGCUUCAUCUUCAGCUGGGACCAGCUCUUGACCGAACCGAAGGAAAAGCCCGAAGCGGCCGACAUCACCGGGUGCUGCGGCUAG